UACGGCAGCGGGGGAGCGAUUUGGCGGGGACACAGGGCCGCUCUGAGGCCGCCGCGAUGCUCCCCUCGUUGCAGGAAUCGCUGGAUGGGGAUGAAAAGGAGCUAGAGAGCAGCGAGGAGGGUGGCUCCGCUGAGGAGCGGAGGCUGGAACCGCCGCCCAGCAGCCACUACUGUCUCUACAGCUACCGCGGAAGCAGAUUGGCACAGCAGCAAGCCGACAGUGAUGAUGGAAGUCCGAGUGGCACAAAUACAGAAACUCCCUCUGGUGAUGAUUUCAGCCUCUCCUUGGUGGAUACUAAUCUACCCUCUGAAGUGGAGCCCGAGCUGCGCAGUUUCAUUGCUAAGCGUCUCUCUAAAGGAGCGGUCUUUGAAGGGCUGGGUAAUGUUGCAUCUGUGGAGCUGAGAAUUCCAGGUUACCGAGUAGGCUGUUAUUACUGCCUUUUCCAACAAGAAAAACUGCUUCCUCAAACAGCAGCAAUGGACUCUGAACAUAACUCUUCAGAGUAUGUGGUCUGUUUUUUAGGAGGGUCUGAAAAAGGACUUGAGCUUUUCAGGCUUGAAUUGGACAAGUACAGUCAAGGGUUAAAAAAUAACAUGAACUGUGAGGACAGGGGCGGGGAGCACCACAUACAGUCCUACCUGAGCAGCUGGUUUGAGGACGUCGUAUGCCCCAUCCAAAGGGUGGUUCUUCUCUUUCAGGAGAAGCUUACCUUUCUGCUACAUGCUGCUCUGAGUUAUACUCCUGUUGAGGUUAAAGAAUCAGAUGAAAAAACAAAGAGAGACAUUAACAGGUUUCUGAGUGUGGCCAGUCUCCAAGGCCUUAUUCACGAAGGCACAGUGACAUCUUUGUGCAUGGCCAUGACAGAGGAGCAGCAUGAGUCUGUCAUCAUCGACUGCAGCGGUGCCCAGCCUCAGUUCCAUAACGCAGGAAGCAACCGGUUUUGUGAGGACUGGAUGCAUGCUUUUUUGAAUGGUGCUGAAGGAGGUAACCCUUUUCUCUUUCGACAAGUCCUGGAGAACUUUAAACUAAAGGCCAUACAAGACACAAACAAUUUGAAGAGAUUUAUCCGGCAGGCAGAAAUGAAUCAUUACGCUUUGUUUAGAUGUUUCAUGUUCCUAAAGAACUGUGGCAGUGGAGAUAUCCUUUUGAAGCUUGUCAAAGUGGAACAUGAAGAAAUGCCCGAAGCCAAAAAUGUGGUAGCCGUCCUCGAAGAAUUUAUGAAAGAAGCUCUUACCCAAAGUUUUUGAUCACAUAUUUUGAGAGAACUGCAUCGUGAAGUUAUGCAAGCCUUGAUGUUUGAACCUGCAGUUGUCAUAAUUGUCAUAGGAUUCUUACUUAAGAUUAUUGGAAACAUUCUAGAUUUUUUCAUUUUGUACUUUUAGGACUAAACCUAAUUAGACGUAAAAAUCUGAGGAACGUCUUCACCGAGUCCUAGAUAGAUGAGUGUUGGGAAUUGAGAAAGUUUUACAUUUUUGAGGGGCCAUAAAUUCUAGACUUUAGGGAGUUGUUGCUUAAAAAACUUCAGAGGUGAUUUUGUGGUUUCUCUGAGGAGUUUGCUGCAGUAUUUAGCAACUUUUCCUCACAAUACUUCUUUCUCAGUGUGUUAUAGCUUCUUUUAGAAAAUACUCAUUGUUUUAGGAUAGAUUAAUACCACGACACCGUUUCAAAGACAGAUCUGUGCAUCCUGUGGGUGCUUGAUAGAUUUUUUUUUUUUUUUUGGUCUGAUUGAUAAUGGCCUGGAUGAUGACGCCAGCUUUUAUGUCAGUAUACAAAUAAAUCAUGUGUGUAAGGGAUUAAAUGAGCUUUAAAAAUAGAUGUACUAGCUUCAAGAUAAAACAUUAUAUCUGAUGGAAAGCUCCUGAAGAAGUGGCCCCACCACUUUUCUUCAUUCCAUAUAUUCCUGUAUUUUCUUUUCUCUUUUAUAUGAAAAUGCUGGAGUUUUUAAACAGAGGGUUAAGAAAGAAACAAAGUACAUACAUUUUACAAGCAAACUGUAACAUAAAGAACACAGAUUCUUCAUGUCGGGGUUACUCAUUGAUUUUAGGUUUCUGUACAUUUGUUACAAGCCUUGUAUUGUUUUACUCUGAAUCAACUGAAAGUGUCCUGAGUUAGAGCCAUUUAUAAUUCCCAUGGAAGCUAACCGUAGCUCCACACAUAUGACUGCAGUUGUUCUGCAUAGCUCUUUAAUAAAUCCAUUUGAUAAUGAUUUUUUUGUGUAGAAGAUCAGAAGCCUUGUGUUCUUACUGCCCUCAGGAAGCUCAGAGGAACACAAGCUGGUAAAAAUCCUCUCCUAAACUCAUCUAAAUUCACAUUAAGUGCUGAGUUGUAACUUUCAAAAUGACCGACAGUGGCCUUCUGCUUGAUCUUCUUUGUAGAGAAGGCUGGCGAUGCGACUUACCGAAUCAUUUCUUUCUUUAAUGAGAAAUACAAUUCAGGAUCCUCAUAAAGGCUUUCACAUGGUUUUAAACUUUAAUAACUUGGAUUAUAGUCAGUGUAGGACAAAAAUCCAAGUAGCAUCUUUUUUUACAGCAUUAAAUUCAGAAUGACUAUGGGAAACAAGCAAUUUUUUUUUUGGCUGCACCCAUGGCAUGUGGAAAUUCCCAGGCCAGGGAUGGAACCCGUGCCACAGUAGCAUCCCAAGCUGUUGCAGUGACAGCACCAGAUCUUUAACCCACUGCGCCACAAGGGGAACUCCAGGACACCAACAGUUUGAAUCUGGAAGACAUAUUUUUCAUUUUCAAAUUCACAUAUCCUUCAAGAGUCCAUGUUGUAAAUAGCAUUUAAGAGCAAAUGUAUAACCUUCUUCAAGUCAUUUAUGGAUAGAGUCAAGGCACAAUUACACAGUCUUUUUUUUUUUUGGCUGCACCUGCAGGGUGCCUAAAUUCCCCAGGCCAGGGAUUGAACCCAUGCCACAGCAGUGACAACACUGGAUCCUUAACCCACUGAGCCUCCGAUUACAUAUUCUUUGUAUAUACUUUUAUAGACAUUUUUUGUAAUGUAUGCUCACUACAUUAUACAGUUUUAUACGAUACAAUCUUAAUUUAAAUGUGUGUGAUAAACCAUAUAUCCCUACUGUAGACAAGGCAAAUAGUGACGUGGAGUUGGAUAUCUUGUGGGCCAUGAGAAGAAAUUCAGAGAGCUCAUGAACAUGUACUGUAUUCGAAUUUUAAUAAGCUAAUAUAUUAACUUUUAAAGUUUUAAAAAGGAUUUGUUCAGGUGUGUGUGGAAUGCAUUACAUAUUAUUUGUGUGCUAUACACACAUAGGAAAUAUGUUUGUCAUGUAUCAAAAAAUGGUCUCGAUUUAUCUGUAAUUAUAUUUAUAAUAAUAAUAAAUCUAGCUUCUCACCAA